CCUUUUUCUUCUUCUGCCCCCUCCUUUUUCUGGUCUCUCUCUCUCCCUCUCUCCCUCUCUCCGAGAAGCGUUUCUAAUUUUCUCAUCGCUAUGGAAUCCAACCCUCUACAAUCAGCUAAUAAUUCUCCUCCAAAACCCUGGGAAAGAGCUAGUUCAUCAACCGGUCCUGCGCCUUUCAAACCUCCCUCUUCUGGUAGCACCAGUGAUGUAGUUGAGGCUUCUGGAACCGCACAACAUGGUGAAAUUGUUUCCACAGCUGAUAGGAAUAUGACCGUAAACAGAAAUGCACUUGGGAGGCCUGUACCCACAAGGCCUUGGGAGCAGCAGACUUAUGGCAGCACUUACAGAGGCUAUGGUUCUGGUUUGAAUUAUAAUUCUGGUUAUGGUUCGGGAAUGUCAGGUUCAUAUGGAGGAUUGUAUGGAAACAACAUGUAUAGAGGAGGUUAUGGUGGCCUUUAUGGAGGUUCUGGCAUGUACGGUGGGGGAAUGUACAAUGGUGGUUUGGGAGGCACAAUGGGUGGCUUGGGAGGCACAAUGGGUGGUUUUGGAGGCACAAUGGGUGGUUAUGGGAUGGGCAUGGGAGGUCCAUAUGGUGAUCAGGAUCCAAAUAAUCCAUUUGGUGCUCCGUCCUCUCCACCAGGCUUUUGGAUGUCGUUCUUGCGAAUGAUGCAAGGCGUAGUAACCUUUUUCGGUCGGAUCGCAAUCCUGAUAGACCAGAAUACACAAGCAUUCCACAUGUUCAUGUCUGCACUUCUUCAGCUGUUUGAUCGCUCAGGGUUAUUGUAUGGGGAACUGGCCAGAUUUGUGUUGAGAGUGCUUGGGGUCAAAACAAAGCCCAAGAGAGUUCAUCAUCCACUUGGACCCGAUGGACUUCCGCGACCUCAAGUUCCUCAUGGGAAUCAGAACUACGUCGAAGGACCCAAGGUUGCUCCAAGUGGUGCAUGGGACGGUGUCUGGGGAGAUCAUACUGGUAACUGAUUUUUUUUUAUUAUUUUUUUCCGAACGAUUGGUAACUAAUUUUUGGUCUCUAGCUUUCUGUCCAUCCUGCGUAAGGAGCGAAUGGAAAUGGAAGUACUGUGUAGUCUGUAUGGAUGUAAGAAUAGAUAUGGAAAUGAUGCUGCCAUUGUUGUAUAUAUCUAUGUAUACUGGAAUUGUUCUCUGCAUUAAAUAAAGGAAGCCUAUCUCUC